AUGGUGACUAGUCAAGGCUCUGGAUACCGUUCCGUGGCGUACUUUGUUAACUGGGCCAUUUACGCUAGGGGCUUCUAUCCCGAAAAUAUACCGAUAAAUGAAUUGACGCAUAUUUUAUACGCAUUUGCAAAUGUGCACAUUGAAACGGGGGAAGUUUUUCUAUCAGACCUGUGGGCUGAUGAAGAGAAACUUUUUCCGGGCGAUGUAUGGAGUGACGCUGGAAGCAAUGUAUAUGGCUGCAUCAAGCAGCUUUUUCUUUUGAAACAAAAGAACCGCCAGCUAAAAGUCUUGCUUUCAAUUGGAGGAUGGACCUAUUCAAGCAAUUUUGCAGGCGCUCUGGGUACGGAGAUAGGCAGAGCAAAAUUUGUCUCUUCGGCCGUGAAGCUAGUUCAAGACUUAGGACUUGACGGCAUUGACAUUGAUUGGGAGUAUCCAGCAGAUGAUACCCAGGCAGAAAAUCUGGUGACAGCUCUUCAAGAACUGCGCUCGGCAUUAGAUACAUAUAGUGCCAAGCAUGCAGAUGACUAUCAUUUCUUGAUUUCUGUUGCCUGCCCUGCAGGACAAACACACUACGAAAAGCUUCGCAUCCCGGCCAUGGAACCAUACAUUGAUUUUUGGAAUUUAAUGGCCUAUGAUUAUUCUGGUAGCUGGGAUACUCACGCUGGCCAUGACGCCAACAUUUACCCAUCACUUGAUAACGCAAAAAGUACACCUUUCAACUCGGCCCAAGCCGUUGAAUACUACAUUUCUAAUGGUGUGGAUCCAAGUAGGAUUAUGCUUGGCAUGCCACUCUACGGCAGAUCCUUUAUGAAUACCGACGGACCUGGAACAGUCUAUAACGGAGUGGGCGAUGGCAACUGGGAGAAUGGAGUAUGGGAUUAUAAAGACUUGCCUUUUUCCGCUGCGCAAAUCAACUUCAUGGAAGAACCCGUCGCAAGCUUCAGCUUUGACCCAGUCCAACAAAAGGCACAGUUUAUUGUGACCAAAGGACUUGGCGGUGCAAUGUGGUGGGAGAGCAGCAGCGACAAAGCUGGACCUGAUAGUUUGAUCAGAACAGUUGUGACUUCCUUCGGAGGCGUUGAGUCAUUGGAUCAGAGCCAAAAUCAGCUACAGUUUGGUGCUUCAAGGUUUGAUAAUUUGAAGAAUGGUUUUCCGUCAUCUUAG